AUGUGGUGGUUGCGAGGCCGAGUUUUCGGUGGCAACUCGGCUGAUUCAAAUGAUCGACGAGGUGAGAAUUCUGAGACAAAUUUUGAUACAAAAACCUGCCAACAGACCUGUUUUCGAGAUCUUACUUUAUUAUUUUCUAGAUGAAAUUGAUACUCAUCGCCCAACAUUUAUGGACACUUCAACACCAUCCACUACUCGUGUAAGUUAUUUCAUUGUCUAAAAAUUUCCAGUUUUGAUUUUUCUCUUUACCUCAACGAAGAAAGUAACCCUUUGGUUUUAAUUGGUUACGAAGGUCGCCUUCGAAUUUUUUCUGUCACAAAAUAUUUCAACUAAAAUGUAUUUUUUUCCGAGUAAACAAAAACACAUCGAUCUAUUGUGAUGUUGUUGUUUUUGUUGUUUUCAUAUUUUCCUGCUACUAUUUUCGUGCAGAAACAGUGUCAAUCUAGUUUUUGGUCCUUUUCGAACUUCCUAUUUUUUGGAAAAUCCGCCCAUUUCAAUUUUAAUUUUAAGAUUAUAAAAUAGCCGAUCACAUGAUGAUAAUACUAUGAUAUCAAACAAUUUCGACCAAGGACACGUUAUUUGUUCGAAUUUGUGAAAAAAAAGUUUUUUGAAAGAAAAAAAUAACAUGAUAUUUGAUGUAGUUCAUUCAGAACGAAAAUUUAUCAGAUGCACGUUUUCCUUUUCCAAAAAAAAAUUGAAAAAAAGGAAAGAGGCAAAAUAAUUUGAUAUCUAAUUUGUUGAUUGACCUGUGAUUCUUACAUUAAUAAGCCAUUUUUCAUAUAGUUUCCUUCUUUUUCCGAUUUGAUUUCACUUUUUAUUCCGAACGACCUGCGCAUUUCUGAAUGCCAUUCAAAAAAAGAUGAACAACCCAAACAUACUGUCUAUUACCCAAAUCAUAUAUGUAUUUACAAUUAUGGCCUUGCUUCUUCUACUUCUUCUUUUUUUCGAUUUUUUCCUUCACUUCCCCAACCCAACUAUUACAACCUUACAAUGGUUUUUGUUUGAAAAAUACCUUUUUUCUCAUUUUUUUUAAAUUGGUCACUUGACAGUUUCUUUACAGUAAUCUAAUUCUGCAAAGUUAUUACUCGUCUACAAUUUUUUCUUCUUUUUUUUUUUGUGAAUUACAUUCUUUACCGAUGAUUAUUCCAAACGGAAUGAAUGACGAAAAUAAAAUAACAAUACCAUUUUUUGACGAAUAAAAAAGACAAAAAAGAGUUGGGUUGUUGAAAGAAGUCAAAUAGAGCCUGCCAACGUUCAAAUGUCAAACAUUGUUUGUUUUUGUGUCUCGAUUCUCUACAAAUUUAUCUACUUUCUCGUUGUUCACGUGUGUUUGUACACGCCAAUGAUAUUUCCGCGCACCACUUUUUUGAAAAUCCAGUUGUUCGAGAUUUUCAAUUUUUUAUUUGAAAAAGUAUUAGGAAAUUUAGAGGGGUUCCCUGAUAUUGACAAUACGAAAACAUUUUCACUGUGUAAGAGUAAACCUAACACAGUAAACUGUGCCACAGUGUACGUUUUCGAAAACCUAGCCUAUAUGGCAAUUCUUCCAAGAAUAAAAAUGUUUCAUAAUUGUUUCUAGCUACCCACUACCCCAAUUCUCUAGAUCUAACAUUUUUUAACUUUUUCGGGAUUUAUCUAAAAUAUAUUUCUUCAAAUCUCUCACAUUCGCGUUAAAGGGUUGGUGUUCUCGUGGUGAAAAAAUCGUCUGCAAAAAGGCGUCAUGGUGUUGUUGACAAAAUUGUCUGCAAACACACACGAAAAUUCAAAAAACGCGUUGUGCGUUAGAGCGCACUUUCUUGUUUUUUUCCUAGGUUUUACCUCGCUUGUGUUUUUGAGGAAAAACAUGGGCUGAAUUGAUACUAGAAUUUUUUCUAAUAAUGGAACCUCCCAGGAGCACCUUAUUCCUAUCUAAACCAAGCAAGAAUCCUUGACGGAGCACCAACCCUUUAAAAACAAGGCGGGAAAAUUUCAAGGAAAUAAUUACACUCUGUGAAUUUUAAUGGAUACAACGUGUCUAAUGAAAACAUCAAAAAAAUGUUGUCAGUGCGAACUUUCUUAUCAAACUGUUCUUCAUAACUUUUAUAUGAUAAAGUAUAAAAAUGAAAAUAGAAAUCAAUUUUUAAAUGAUGUCCAAAUUUGAGUUUCACAGCUCAAAUUUUUUGCUUGAAUAAAAAGAAAUAAAUUACUCUUUGAUUUUCUAUUUUGAAAGAAUAAUUAAUUAAUUUUCAGCGAGCACAAAUUGCACCAAGUUCUUCUAUGAUGGGAGCUCGACAAUCAAUGGUGUCAAAUCAUGAUGCAUUUCAAGGUUAG